GGAGGGGGCUGCGGCUUCCGGGAGGUCGGGCGAGCGGCCCCGCUCCGGGGCGGGAGGAUGGAGCGGUUCCUGGUGCGCAGGGCCCGCGGUCCGGAGAGCCCCCGCCGGGCCGGGCCGGCCCCCCGCGCCUACCGGCAGGUCACCCUUGAGUCCCUCAAGAGAGUUGUGGUUGUGGAAGACAUAAAACGGUGGAAGUCUAUGCUUGAGCUUCCUGGGCAACCAAAAGAGAACCUGAUUGAAGCUUUGGAAGAGCUAAAGAAGAAAAUACCUUCCAAGGAAGUGUUACUUUCAACAAAAAUAGGUCACACAGUGAAUAAGAUGCGCAAACACUCGGAUCACGAUGUGGCCAGCCUCGCCAAAGAUAUUUACACGGAGUGGCGAACUUUCAUCAGAGACCAUUCAAACAAGCCCUCAAUAGAGGUCAGGAGCGAUCCCAAGACUGAGGCUUUCAGAAAGAACGCACGGAAGCUGCUUUGGGAAGCCCUGGAUCUAGAGAUUGAUCACCCACUGGCUGAAAAUAUUGAGCGAGAAGCUUUUCAUCUCUCUUCCCGUCUCAUUAGCGCACAGUAUCGCAGAAUGGUGCGAGCUCUUGUCUUCUCAUUAAAGCACAAACCUGAAAUCCGAGCAGAAGUCAAGACUGGCGUGCUCACUGUCCCUGCAUUUGUACAGAGCCAUAAAAAGUGAGGCGCCGUGCUUGAUCCUGAGUGAGAACUUUGUGUGCCCAUGUCUCUGUGGAACUGGGAGCCCUUUCUGUCAGGAGGGGAGUGCAGGAGUGCUGACUGCAUGUCUCUCGUGGCACCGUUCUGAGCAGGGCUGCCUAAGACAAGAACUACUGAUGAUGAAAGUGGUUCUGUAGAUCUGACUUGGUGGAAAUCUGUGUAGGCUGGUUGCAAGAAAAAUUUCUUCUACUCUGCUGUAUAUUUUCCCGCUACAAAAUGAUCUCUGACUUAGCUGUUUCUGUCUUCUGCCUGUUUGUCACGCCUCAGUUUAGCUCCAUCCCUGAUGUGGAUCUUCAGGUGUAAUCAGCUGAGUGACAUAAAGGAGCAGCUCUGUGCUGUGCUGGUAGGAAGUACUGGGAAUUCAGGGUAUUUUGGUCCAUAGUGGGAGAUUCCUAGUUAUCCACUGCAAAAUCUAGUUAACCGUAAAUCAGCCACAUCUGCCGCAGGUGGGCCCAGCCUGUUCUGCCAAGCCAGGUGAUUUGCCUUUGCUGCAUUCCAGAGCUGGAUGCAAAAUGGGUUUCCGUAACUUGCUAUCCACCAUUCUACAGGCUCAGUCAGCCUGCAAUUUGGGGCAUUUUCUAAAGCUCUGGGGUGAAAAACAGAAUGCCUUGGAGUAUAGGUGCUAUCUAAUGCUUCUGCUGUUUAACGAGCAGCUCACUCAGACUUCUGUACCUCACUCAUGAUUUAAAUGUGGUGCUUGUUCUUACUGUAACGUGGAAAAAACCUUGAAAUGAAUUUUCUAAAUAAAAUCAGGUUAUAACCAAAA